GAGCGGCGGGGCGGUACAAAGCGGGCACCGCCCGGCCCGGCAGGUGAGGGGUCCCCGCGGGAGCCGAGAUGCCCUUCUCGGCCGGCCCCGGCGCGGACGACGCCUUCGAUUACCUGUUCAAGAUCAUCCUGAUCGGGGACUCCAACGUGGGGAAGACGUGCGUGGUGCACCGCUUCAAGACGGGGCAGUUCAACGAGAAGCAGCAGAACACCAUCGGCGUCGACUUCACCGUGCGCUCGCUGGAUAUCGACGGCAAGAGGGUGAAGAUCCAAGUGUGGGACACAGCCGGUCAAGAGCGCUUCCGGACAAUAACCCAGUCUUACUACAGGAGUGCCCAUGGAGCCAUCCUUGCCUAUGACCUUACUAGGAGGUCCACAUUUGAAUCUAUUCCUCACUGGAUUCGUGAAAUUGAGAAGUAUGGUGCUGCAAACUUGGUCAUGAUGUUAAUUGGGAACAAAUCAGACUCGCAGGAUAAGCGCCAAGUCCUGUUUGAAGAUGCCUGCACACUGGCAGAGAAGUAUGGGCUCCUUGCUGUGUUGGAGACAUCAGCAAAAGAAGCUCAAAACAUAGAAGAGGUGUUCGUGUUGAUGGCUAAGGAGCUGAUAGCCCGAAAUACCUUGCAGCUUCAUGGAGAGAAUCCUCCGAACAGCAUCUAUCUUGACUCCAGGCCAGUGAUUGCUAGUCCAACUGCAGAGAAGACCCAGUGCCUUUGUUGAAGAGAUUUCAGGAACGGAGUUGGAAGUUGUCAUCUUUCUGAGGCUGUUUGAUCUUUAGUUUUAUUCAACUGACGAAAGUUUGCUGUACGGCCUCAAGCCAUCCCUCUGAUACCCCUAACUUGCAGUUUGGUGCGUAAGUAUCUUCAGAGAUUACUGUUGCUGUUGACAGCACAGGUUGCUUUGAACAUGGCAGCUGAUGUUUUACUGUGAACUUGUGAGUUGAGAAGACUCAGGAAGCUACCAGCCCUUGCCUUAACCAAAGAGAACGAUAAAAACGAUUGCCUUAAUUAUGUCUUUGAAAGAUUUUUCUGGCUGUGUCAGAAGGUAAAUUUGCACCAGAACUCUGCAUUGAUUUGAUCCUUCUAAGAUAUGUUGUUUGUUGUAGUGCAAGCUCUUUACCCUUUGCCAGUAGCUUUAAAAUGUCCGAAGUCCUAACCAGCACUAACCUACUGAUGCCUCGACUUCUGUAUAGGGGAGGUGCUGAUGUCAGGCAUGUAGCCAGCCAUCCCCAGGAACUCAAUAUUCACAUUUGUAAGAGUACGUGAAUUUCAGAUCUGUAUUAAUUUCUUCACCAGACAAACCCAGAGACAUUCCUGAGCUUUCAAAGCAGGCAGAAUAUAUUAGAGUCCCAACCGUCUUCCUGGGGUGAAAAUGGUUGUCUUUUACUUUGCUCUCAAAUUAUAAGAAUUGUAUUUAGUGGUGACCUGUCUUGCUACACAGAGUUACAAGGAGCACUGAAGCUUUCAAAGCCACAGUAAUGACUUAAUGCUGGGGUGAAAGGACCAUCUUCUUUUCCUAAGCUUGUCCUGCUUUUGAUGUACUGAUCUUAAUCAAAAGCUGGCUGCUGGUUGUGUGGCAGGCCAGUGGCAGUAUGCUUGUAGAUUUUCAAGGGAGUGUGAAGGAAGGGAUUCAGGCUCUUGUAAGUCUCAGUGAUGGGUGUGAUGGUUUAUUAACAUAACCUGACCUUAGAGCAGUAAGGGAAGGGUUAUGGAGCACACCAGCAAGCUACCCCGGACAAGUAUAUAUGCUAUUCCUUUAGAGACUUAACUGAACAUUGUGGUAGCAGUAGAUGAUUUUGUAUUGUUCCUCCCAAACGCAAACUCUGCUAGUGGGGGGCUCACUUUUUCUAUUUAGGGAAAAACAUGUAGCAAAUCCUUUUGGAAAAACUUGUCUGAGAAGCACAAAAAUAAAGUAGAGUGAAUCAUUGAUUUAGUCUUGCACAUAUUUCUAUUAUUAUUGUUGCUUCCUCUGGCCAGGUUCUUUGCUAUUGCAUGCGAAGAAUGGGUUAAUUCAGCUACCUGUAAACUGAGGGAGAAAUCUUCAGUGGUAACCUCUAAGCCUGUUACUAUAGCCUGCUGUGAACAAAGCUGCUUCUUCAGGCAUCCUCUUUCUGAUAUGCAUUCUUUUUAAAUCUUAAUUUCAUCUCAAAGUGGUACUAGCUCAGUAAGUGCAUUCAGUUACAUUUAAGCAACACCGAACACCAUAACCUCUCAAAGUGGCUGACUAAGUAGCAGUCUACCCUCCGCCGGUAUUUUCUUCACCUCCUGUCACUGGGAACAGUCAAAUGUAAGUUUAACGUUCUUGUGUUUAAAAUCCAUAUUCCCUCUUCUGCAACGUAGCAGCUGUUACAUUUUUAGUAUCCACACUUAACUGCUAGCAAGCUGUUUUACUUCAGAGAUACCUGAGAUAGUUGUAGCAACUAUUAAUAUUCCAGAAAAUAGGAACUAGAUAUUCAUAUUUUCUGUCUUUCAUUACUUGAGAAUUAAAGGGAAGAUCUUAACAACAGACUUAACCUUUGCAUGGUUCAUUGGAUUUAUUGCCUUAGAGAUUCUUGUAUGAAGUUAUUUUGCUUACCCUCAGGAUGGAGGAGGCUUCUGCAGGCUGAUGAUCCCUUAGCUGUCUGGCACUACCAGGCUACAGGGCUCUUGCCAUUCUCUUCCAGCACACAUGGCGCUACUGGCAAAGUCUUUCCCUGGCAGAAAGCUGAGCAACACAGCAUUGCACAAACAGGCUUGCGGCUGAGCUGUCGUGCUGUGUUCUGCUCUGUUCCCUUUCCUUUGACAGGUGUAACACUCGUUCAAGAAACUGGCCUUAACUAUCUACCCUGACAUUCAUCUUUGUGCAGCUAAAGCAGGAGUGAGAGCCCUCUUUUGGUUGGUUGGUUGAUAUCUUCCACAGGCCCAUUCGGCAGUUCUGUUGAAUUGUUCCUAUAGGGUCAUUUUUUUAAGCUCUCUUCAUAUGAGAGAAGAAAGAACUGCAACAGUGGUGAAGCUCUUCAGAGUGUGUAUUAGUAGACCAUUAUUAACGAGGUAACAUACGAAGAAAACUUUUAAACUUUAGCGUAGUAUGUUGUUCUAGACUUAACAGUCUAGAUAGCAACCACUAGAUUAAAAGGCAGACUAACUUCUGCGACUGUGCCUUUCUCCAUCACAGCAGUUGGAAGCAUGCAGCUGUCACCACCGCAAGCAGCGUGACAUUAGCUGCUACAGAGCCUUAUUUUAAUGUCUGCUCCUCCAUGGUUAUAUGCAGACCUGAUGUGCUUCUCGAGAGCAUCUUUAAUGGGUGUAUAGAGGUGGCUUAUUGUAAUGUUGUUUACAAUGCUGUUCUGAAAGUUACUACUGUCCCACAAUUUUAAGGGUUGUGCAUCCAAGUUGAAGAUAAAGUUGUUUGCUUUCAUCUACUCAAGUAUUCGAAUCUUAGCUGUCUUAAAAUUACUGUUGCCUUAAAUGUACUGUUGCACGUUCUUUGCACUGAUACCACACCCACACCAGAUGAGACUGAGGCAGCACCUACGCACCUAACAGGGCACAAAGAGCUGGAAAGAUUCUGAAUCAGAGCAAACUCUCAUACCUCCAGAAGCUGACCGACUUAAACGUAACUGCAACCCAAUGAUGCGGAAGGCACAGAGCCCGGGCUGCGUGGUCAAACUUUUCUUCAUAUAUAAGGGACAGGCUCUUAGUAACAAAAGCUGAGGCUCUUAUCUAAUCGUUGCAGUUAAUGUUUAAGUAGAGGGGGAAGAGACUGAAAAAGCAAUUCUCAGGCCCAUGCCUGGAGCAGAAAAGCUUUAUCUUGGACUCUCCUUUCAGGAAGCAGAUGCACGCCUGAAGCAAAGCCAACACUUCCUCUCAACCAACCAGCCAAAUGCUCCAACCACAGCCCUGUUUUGUGAGAGCAGCUCCUCCCCAGCUGUGGCUUAUAGAAGAGGGCUGCUAGUAUGGGUGGGCAGGGGCUUCUACAUCUGCCAAUCCCCAGAAAAACAGAUUCAGCUCAAGGUGUGUGUGUGGGAUUGUGUAGUCAGUGCUUUCUGUACUGACUCCUGAAGCCAUUUUUAAACACCUCUCUCAAGUGAGCGUAUAAGGACUAGAACUAUGACAGAUGAUGCUGAGAUAUGCAAGUCCUUGUGGAAGUGCUUUAUUCAGGGCAAGAGCCCCUUUUACUUGAAAGUACAUCAGCUGUUAAUAAGAACUUGCACACUUCAGAUUUUUACCUUGUUAGCUCAGGCCAGGUAGGACCUUCUGAAGUUAUUUAGUACACUUUAGUGACGUUCCAAAAUCAACCUUAAUUAAACUGCCUGCACAGGUAAUGUCAGUGUAAUCAUAUCAAGCUGUUGCCAAGCAGCUGUGGACACUGACUUGACCACCAGUGACAAACUGCACACCCCUAGAUAGCAGCGAUAGCAGCAACAGCAGCAAGUAGGGGCAGAAGUUUCACAUAUUUACAACUCUUCCCCUAUUUCAUUGCUACAGCUGUGUCCAUAAACAUCUUUGCCUAUUACAGUCAUCACUGCCAUGUCUGGCUCAUUUUGCUUACGUGAAGCACUCUCAGUACACCCACUAUUCAGGUACACAAUUUCAGAUCAAACCAGAGGGAUGUAUUCUUGCACAAGGAGUAAAGCCAAGGCACUUCAAAUGACAGCAUGCAUUUGUUUUUCCUGAUUUUUUGUUUUGUUGAAGUCAGGAUUUGUUGGUGAAAGUUUAUGGAGUCUUUAUACCUUUUUCAUCUUAACACUACUAUAAAUAAUUUCAUAGGCCUCUGCAGUUUCUGUAUCUUAG